AUGAUAGAAUACCGACCCGGUGUUGGAAUAAAUACUUGGAAUCCUUGGAGACCAAUUGAAUUAGUGGUAAUGGUUAUUAUUGCUGCGUCUGUGGUUGUCAUUGGUUUAGCGUUGGGUUUAGGUUUGGGUAUUGGACUAAAUAAUGAUAGUAAAAAUUUGACUUCCAUCACACUUGCAACGAACCAAGCAACAACAGUAACAACAACAACUACAACUAUAACUACACCUACAACUACUAGUACAACAACUACAACUACACCUACAACUACUAGUACAACAACUACAACUACACCUACAACUACUAGUACAACAACUACAACUACAACUACUACCACAUGA